CUAAACCAUAAAAAUGGCUAAAUUACAUUAUGAUCUUGAUUCCACUCCCACUAGUUUUCCCAAUGACAACACAUCCAACACAGGAUCGUAAGAUCCUGUUCCUUUUUCCUCUUGCAUUAGCCUCUCUCUUUCUUCUUGGAACUGUAAGAUUUUUACUUGAUAACUUGAAAAACAACCAAUUCCAGUUUCUUCGGCAUAAUAAAUUUCUUAGAGUGCCUUUAAAUGUUUCUCAAGAUGAGAUAAUUGAAGAAAGUUGUAAUGUAUUUGAUGGGAAUUGGGUUUGGGACAAUGUUACAUAUCCACUAUAUAAAGAAGAUAGUUGUCCUUAUUUGGUUAAACAAGUUACUUGUCAAAGAAAUGGAAGGCCUGAUUCUUUUUAUCAGAAUUGGAGAUGGCAACCUAAUGGUUGCAACUUGCCCAGAUUUAAUGCAUUGAAGAUGUUGGAAAUGUUGAGAGACAAAAGACUCAUGUUUGUUGGAGACUCAAUACAAAGAGGCAUGUUUGAUUCAAUGGUUUGCCUAAUUCAGUCAGUGAUUCCAGAUGGUGAUCAUUCCCUUAAAAGAAUCCCUCCUAGAAAGAUUUUCAGAAUUGAGGAAUUUAACGCAUCGAUCGAGUAUUACUGGGCUCCUUUUAUAGUUGAAUCCAUUUCAGAUCAUGCAACUAAACAUAGUGUAAUGAAGAGGCUAGUUAAGCUUGACUCUGUAGAAAAACAUCGCAAUCUUUGGGAAGGAGUUGAUUUCUUGGUUUUUGAAAGCUAUGUGUGGUGGAUGCACAAACCUUUGAUUAAUGCAACAUAUGGAACUCCUGACAAUGUUCAAGAAUAUAACGUGACCACAGCAUACAGAUUGGCGUUAGAAACUUGGGCAAAUUGGAUAGACUCAAGCAUUAAUCCUCAAAAACAAAAGGUCUUCUUUGUCACCAUGUCCCCAACACAUUUAUGGAACUGGGAAUGGAAGGGUGGAAGUGAUGGAAACUGCUUUAACGAGACAUACCCAAUACAAGGACGACCAUAUUGGGGAACUGGUUCUAAUCUUCAUAUCAUGUCAAUCUUGAAAGAUGUCAUACAAAAGCUUCAAGUUAAUGUACGUUUACUGAAUAUUACACAAUUGUCUGAGUACAGAAAAGAUGGACAUACUUCAGUGUUUGGUGAAAGGAGGGGAAAACUCUUGACUAAAGAACAAAGAUCAGAUCCAAAGAAUUAUGCUGAUUGCAUCCACUGGUGCUUACCUGGGGUACCUGAUACGUGGAAUGAGUUAUUAUAUGCAAUUUUGUUGCAAGAUUACCGCAAUCAUUGACUCUAAGAAAGAGUUGAAUUUUGGUCUUUGUUUGUCUCUGUUCCAAGUGAGAAUCUCUCCCUAGCAUUAGGAUCAAAAUCUUCACACCAAAGAGUUUUUGUCAUACCAGAGAAUUCACUUCUAUUUUUCCUUUUAUAUUCUUUUUUCUUUCUUUUGUGGUAAGAGAUAAACACAGGAGGAGAGGAUAUUACUGUUAGUAAAACGUCAUUGCAAUAAACCUAAACAUAAACUAACUCCGAGCUCACAA